GUUGGCGUGCUUCUGUUAACUUUGUUAAAGACCUCCGAGCUCGGGCCAGCGCCAGCGAUCGUGAGCUUCGACUUGCGACAAAUCGCCCAUCUCGACAAUACAAGAUACAGGACACUCAAAUCAUCAUCAUGGAAGAAGAAGACGACGAUUUCUACACGCAGAACGGCGAUGCGCCUGUCAAGAAUGAGCAGCCGACGAACCAAGACGAUCCCAAUGAGCAACCCGACAUCGACUUGGACGAUGAGGAAGAGGAAGACGACGACGACAGUGAUGAUGACAGCGACAUUGACAUUAUCACCGAGCACAAGGAUGGUGCUGCUCCAGAGCCUCCACAAGCUCGUCCCUUCCGUGGCAUUAAGCCUGAAGCUCCUGCGCGAACCGCUUCGAUCGAUACAGUCCCCACCCAACAGAAUCAACAAACUCCUACUGUCAAGACGGAAUCCCCGGCUCAAAACAAAAGGCUCGUCUCGCUGAAAGACGGCUCCAAAUACCCGGAAGUCCGCACUUCCUCAAUAGACGUCAACGCAACUCCUUCCUGGGAUCCUGCUGGAAAGCUCAUUACAGAGGUCGACAUUGACGCCGAUUUGGCUGAACACACAAAACCCUGGCGCUUACCUGGUACCGAUCAGACAGACUUCUUCAACUAUGGCUUCGACGAGUUCACCUGGACUCAGUACUGCUUGCGACACCAAAACAUGACUUCGACCAUCAACAACCAAAAGGCAGAGACCAAGCAGUUCGAGAUGAUGUUGACUGGAGGAGGCAUGCCUGGUCAAGCUGCACCUGCUGGUCCUCAAGCUGCUCCGCCUGGCGGUCCUAUGGGAAUGGGAAUGCCUGGUAUGGGUAUGCCCGGCAUGCCUGACAUGAACCCCGAUAACAUGGCCGCAUUUGCUAGCGUCCUGCAGAACCAAGGUAUUGAUCCUAGUCAGCUUGACUUCAACACGUUUAUGCAACACUAUCAGCAAGCCUCUAUGGGUGGCGGUGGUCAGGGUGGUUACGGCGGUCAGUCAAUGCAGCCUCAACAAUCAAAUCAAGGAUAUGGAGGUCAACAACAUCAGUCUUUCCAACAGCAAGGUAACCAAGGCUUCCGCGGAGGUACACCACAGCCAGGUCAGCAAGGCCCUCAAGCCCAGGGUCAAGGCUUUGAUGGUUACAGCCAGCAACAGAUUGCCAUGAUGCAGGGACAAGGAGGAAUACCAUCUGGUCCCUCCGGAGGUGGUGGUCGCGGCCGUGGUAGAGGUCGCGGGAGAUGGCAAUAGGAUGCCACUCGACGAAAACAUGCAUGAAAAGGCGUUUGGGACUUGAUACCAAUAUCUAAGAGGUGGUUUGAGCAUUGAUAACGACUAUUAGCAACCGAGGUUGUGGGAUAGGCAGAAUAUUCAUAACGUUUUUGAGCACUCGUUGUCCGUGGCAGCAUUCCUGGUUCCAGGAACCGUCCACCUUUUCAUAAAGUGCGAAAGGAGACCGGGAUCGUCCUGCGUCCGAGUUGGAAUCGACCGUGACGAUACGAAAGGACUUGUUCAUUAGAAAUCAAUGGACAAGGUGUAAACCCUUUCGAUCUCCACUUGUUGUAGUGCUGCCUUUGGGUUUCUAUGAAGCAUUGUUGCCAAUACAUACACAGACGUAUAUAGCUCGCUCAACAUGAGCAAGAGCGUUAAAUCAAGCUUAAGUGACGAUCUAUAUGCCAUUUACUACAGGAUGGAAAACAUAUGAAAAGCCC